GUGUAUACUCUUUGAUUGGUGCCAGCAGUCCCGAGGCGUUUACGCUGUCUGCCAAUGCCUGCUACAAUAGUGAAACAUUAGCUUCACACAAACACUGACGAGAGGCGCAGCUGGCUGCAAGAGACCGUCAACUCUGCCACAAAUCCACACUUAUUUCCCCGUCAUUAUGCUGCCUCUGAAGUCGUGAAUGUAUAACCACCCUCGCCAAAACAAUGGCAGGUGUCCUGAAGCGGAAAUUUGCAGCGGUUGAGGAAAGCCCCAGCUACUCGGGCUCUUCCUCCUCUCCACCAUCCUCUUCACCCACAUCUUCAGAGUGCGAGUCCGACGGGGAGAGCAGCUCCUCCGAGACGCAGGAUUUUACGCCCUACAGCCCCUCCGCGCCCACCAGCUUACCCGUCGGGUCCAUUGUGAAGAAGCCGAGGCUGGUCAAGAGGCAGUGUCGUGUGCGCUUCGACCAAGUCGCUGUUUUCAGUUUCCCUCGCUGUCAGGGCUUCACCAGCGUGCCCAGUCACGGCGGUGCCACCUUGGGCAUGAUGCGGCAGCACAGCAGCCUCCACAAGUACACGGUAGCAGAGCACGCAUCGGAGCAAAGGCGCCGGCGUCAGCAAAGGCACCUGCUCAGAUUAGGAGAGGAGAGAUUUGAUGCAUCCAAACAAAAUCAGAUCGCCAAUGAGGCUGUCGGCCAGGAUGAAGCGGGUCCACUCGCAAGAGACCCCCAAGUUUCCGCUGAUGACGGUGACGUCCACAUCGGCGAGGUGGAGCUUUACGAAAAAGGCUACGUGCAGCCAUAUUCGUCCAGGCAGCGACAGGCUCUCCUCCUGGCAUCUGGGGUGAAGCGCAUCGACAAGGAGGAGAAGAAGCAGCUUCAUUCUUUGCGUUUGUCCAGGGAAGCGUGCGGAUGUGACUGCCGAGGCUUUUGUGAGCCCGAGACUUGCGCCUGCAGCUUGGCGGGCAUCAAGUGUCAGGUGGACCGCUUCAGCUUUCCAUGUGGCUGCACUAAGGACGGCUGCGGAAACAUCGAGGGAUACGUGGAGUUUGACUCCAAACGUGUGCGGACACAUUACAUCCACACCGUCAUGCGACUCGAUUUAGAGCGGCGACUGCGAGCUGAAACUACAAGCCUCGCAGACCAGCUGAUACUUUCAGAAGAGCUUGUGGAGCCUCCGGAUCUGAGUGAGACUCAUCCUGUGAACAAUGAACCAUUCAAGACAUACCCUUUUGGUUUUUCCUUGGAAGAAGAUGAUCUUGCACUCAGCAUUGCCACCGGUCCGACGUUUAAUUUCCUUCCGGCGCGAACAGUGGUGGAAGAGAACAGCUGCAGUAGUGACAUGACCGAGUCCUCCAGCUCUUCUACAGAUUGCAAUGGUGGGCAACUUCCUGCCAAUUAUGGAGGUGCGCCUUGCAGCCUCAGCAUCUGUGAUUCUGAAAAUAAGAACUACUCGAUGUGUCACCAACUGAGACUUAUGGCAGCACCGCUGACCCUGAGCAGCAGCAGCAGCAGCAGCAGUUCUUGUGAGUCAAACGGGACAACUGACAGAAUGGGAGCACUUUCGGCCAAGUCCUUCGCAGACAAUCAAAGCUCAGUCGCAGCGACAGAUUAUCUCGAUGAAAAUGCAAACCAAGCACGAAACCCCAUUGACAAUGAGGAUUCCCUUGAAGACUAUCCAAACACUCCCUCCCCUACUGUGGACUUUUCUUCCAGCAGGUACAUGGACCUGAGUCUCUCUUCGGAGUCUGACCUGGAGUUCUUUGACAGCGACUAUCCCUCUGGGCCAUUUCGCAGCUCGUUCAAAGAGCACAGACACGCAGACAGCUUUCAUCACCCCCAGCUGAUGAGCUCUGUUUAUUUGCCACAGUGUGAAUCAAGCACCUCCCUCCUGGAGUCUCUGAUUGGCCUGACUGAGCCGAGCCCAGAGCAGGUUUAUGAUCACCAACUUUGAAUUGAAAUGAUUGUGUUGGAGAGCAAUUGAUAGAGUUGUUAUGAUUUCAACAAUGGUAAAAUUUCCAUUUUCUUUUUAUCUAUUACUGUAAUCUUUCAGUGAAGUUCAUACACUUGUAUUUCUAAUACUUUUUUUUUUAAGUUUGACUUACUUACUUUCCAUUUACAGGUAUACUAUGGCCAGAAAAUACAUGAUUCCCAUUCUGGAAAUUAGGCCAUAUGUUUAUGAACCACUUGGAGCAUGAGCAUCUGUCUUAAAAUAUAAACAAAUUAUUAUAAAUAUUUUGGUAACUGGCCACAUCACCACUUUAUAUAUGAAGCUAUGGAAAAAAAACGUUGUGUCGAUUAGGUUAGUCAAUGUCAUGCCCGGAAAUGAAUUGCUCUUUACAUGCCUUCCAAUAUAUUUAUGUACUGUCAUAAUAAAUGGAACUGUUUAUUUAUUAAAUCACUGAUCUCAA